AAUGGCACAGGUGAUAUGGAACUCCGAUAUCGACGUGUACAAUCCGCAGGUGAUGCCUGUUUCCGUGGCGGAAAACAUCACGCGGUACUUGAACGUUCAAGACCUUAUAUCCUUUGCAAGAGUAUCCAAAAACACUUAUAAAACAGUACAUAAUCCUUCACUUUGGGUUCAUAAAUUGAAGCAAUUAACCUGUUGGGAAGAUGCAAUCAUCCCGGAACGUGAUUUCAAGCCCAAGGAAUUCCUCAUGGAAAAUUUCAAUAACCCAUUAACAUGUUUGGAUACCAUUGUUAAACUUCCAAAACUUGCACGUUUCCAAAUCUUGAAGAUUUAUAAAUGUCUUCAACCAUAUUAUGGAGAUUUACUUUCAAAUCAAGCAUAUGAAAAGCUUCGAAUGUUUAAAGAUUUCCGUACCCCGGCAGAUCAAGCAAAGAUCCUUCAAAAUCUUGUAAGAUUUAAUUGCAUUGAUUAUGAUGAACGUUCAAGAGAAGUAACAAAGGAAAAAAUUAAUGCCCUUUUCGAAAUGUUUGAAAAUGCAUUGUUAAGAGAAUUAGAAAUUCAUUAUGAUAUAGAAGAUUUCCCCAAGACAAAGUCAUUUGUACUGAUCUUACUGCUGUUGGGGAAUGAUCAAACAUUGAUUGAUUUCUUUCUUCAAAAGACAAUUUUUGAUAAUGAUGAAAGUGGAGAUUUUUUCAAUGUACAAAAACUUGAUGUAGAUUCAUUUUUCGAUGAAAAUGGUCAACAUUUACAAACAGAGACAUUAGAUCAAUUUGUUGAAUCAUUAGCCACGAUUUUCAACAAGGAGGCACAUAUCAUUGAUUUGAUAUUUCCUCAAUCUAUCCCUAUGAUGUAUAAAGUAUGUGAGGAACUUAUUUCGAACCAGCUUAUGGAAGUUAUCAUGGUACUUAUAGAUCUGGCCAAAAAGAAGAGUUCUCAUGCAUACAUCUUGUUGGCACCUACUUUGUACACAUAUUUGACCACCAACUUUAUAAAAAGAUUAGAACCAUGUGAUAACAUUGGACCCUCUUAUAAGCAAUUGGUACGAGAAUUACUUGACAUGCUGUAUGAGCUGUUUGCAGUGGAAUACGUUCGUGAAGAAGAUCAAUCAUUCAAGGCAUUUUCAUCUGAAAUUAUUCUUAAAUGGCAAAAUUCACUUUCUGAAAGAGAACAACAAACAGUUCAAAAUAUUUUGAAAAAUGUUAGAGUGGAAACUAAAAAUGAUUUCUUAUCUUCAUUUAAAAAGGUAUUCACCAUUAAUAGUAAUAGUAAUUCUAAUUCAAAUAAAUCUGAAACUGUUGAUGAUGAAAAUUAUUCUGAAUUUGAAGCUAAAACCAAAAUUCUUUCUGAAAAUAUCAAGUCUUUGAACAAGAUUUUCAGUUUGGAAAUAGCUAUGGAUAUUCUUAACCAGGCAAAGAUCACUUUACAUCGACUUCUGUCCUUUAAAGAAUUUUCCAUUGCUGCUAUUCGAGCUGAUAUCUACUCAGGGAUGCAGGACAUCUUUGUUAGUGUGAUAGAUUCAGUGGGGAACGAACAUGUCAAACCAGGUUUCCAAAAGGCAUUGGAGUACCUUGAAACUUACAAACCAAAUGAAUUGGAAGGUGGUUUGUCUGCUCACAAUAACUUCAAUGCUACCGGUGAUCCCUUGGUCCUCUUUUCAGAAUUGAUCAAUAUGGCCGAUUUAAUCAUCCAAAUGAUUGAUAUCUUUUAUAAAGAGGAGAUGAUUAAUACACAAAUCGUUAAAGUUGAGAAUUCCAUUCUUAAUCCUUCUUUACAACAUAAAAAGAAAUUCGAAGGAUUAGUUGAUAAUUAUGUUGCUGAUGGACUUAAUGUUGGUAUUGAUCUUUUGGUGGGCGAGAUAGAAAAUGUAUUCGAUGUUUACUUAUUGGAUAGUGACUACAAUCCUCCAAUGACUUCUAGUGUGGUAUUAGAUGGCCCCACUGAAGCAUCUAGACGAGUGGUCAAGAUUUUGGAAGAGAAUAUUGAUUUAUUGGUGGGUUGUACCGAUAAGUCUAUUGUAGAAGUGUUCCAAAAGGAGAUUGCGGAAAGAGUAUUUCAGACAAUUGUCAAGACUUUGAAGAAAAGAACAAUCUCUGUCACGGGAGCCAUGAACCUUAUCUCCGACUUGAACUUGUACCAUGACUUCAUUGUCACUCAUAUCAGAUCAAAUAAGAGACAAAUCGUUCCCUUGUACCAAUCGUUGAAGAAGGUUGGAAGUAUAUAUCUCAUCAGUGGACAAGAUUCCAAAUCCAUUGGGAAACUUGUUAGUGACUUGUCGAAGUUCAAUGGGAUUUUCAAUCAAGAGGAAAUCUACGAGUUUGUUCAAAGAAGACUGGAUUGGUUACAAAUCAAGAGAGAUGUUGAGAAGGUUAUGUAUGGCUUGAGUUUGGGUGAUUGUGUGAUAAUGUAGAGAGAGAAGAGUAGGGGAAGGGUGGAAAAAUAAUAAAAAAAAAUUAAUAAAAAUGAGACAG